AUGCCAAGCGGCACCCCGCAAUCCCAGCUCAAAAAGAAAGCCAGCUUCCGCGACCGUCUGAAGGCAUGGCAGAAACCCCCCCAGCCAUUGGAAAUUGUCACUGAGGAACCCAAACCGCGGUUUGUAUACACCCCCACACAUGCCGCUGCCGAUUUCUCGCGUCUGGCAGUAUCGCCCCUGAGCCGUUCUGGGCACCGAUUUCCGCCAGACCGUAGGCGACCGAGCCAGGGUGGCGUGUGCGGGAAGGAGGAGGAGGAGGAGGAGGAGGAGCAGUCACCAAGACGGCAUUCUCGGCCUGGGACAAACCACCACCCCGACACACCGACAGAAUACUCUUAUCCAUCAGCAAACACCGCCGCACGCGUCCCAGUCAACACCCAGCCCCCAGUAUUAGUUCCUAAAGAAGCACAAGCCCAAGGGGAUCAAGAUCCCGCUCCUCGGUCUGAGCCCCUUUCGGACUAUGAGCUAUUUAUCGCCCGCGCCGAAGCCGAAGACCGCAAGUGGCGCGAAAAGAUCCUGCAGAGUAUUACCCAGCGGGCCACCGCCGGCCCCUCGACCAACCGGGUGAGACCGAACCCUCAUCAGCAAUUCGCAACCGCGGUCGUGUCCUCGUCGGCCGGAAGGUCCGUGGAGAAAGGCAGCGACGAGUCGGUACCACCCCGCAAGAACAGCAGUCGCAGCCAUCAUCAUGCCACUAGCAGCGCCAACGGCCCGGAGCAGCGACUCCAGAGGCAGGACCAGGACCAGCGCCGCCCCGGCCCCGCGCAGGGCUCAACCAGCAGCGGAACCCCGGUAGCCGAGAACGCCACGAGCAACAAGAGGCUGUCAUCUUCUCGCCCCCAACUCGCACCCGUGCAGCAGUCGUGGCCACCAGGGUCUCCGCAGCUGACUGCGCCCCACGGUGCCACUGGCGGGUUCGUUCCCGCUCCCGAGCACAAGGCUCCGCCCCCGCGAACGCUGCGCAGACAGGCCAGCCUCACGCAGCGGAUCGCCCGGUACAUCAAGCCGGCGAAGACGGUUGACAACCGACGUGUUGAGCCGCUGGUUGAAUGA